AUGCAUAUCCUAGACAUUCUCAAGCCCAAAUCCCGCCCCAAAUAUGGGCGACGCAAAACUAUCGACGGCAGUAGCUUCACUCUCAACAGUCCUACCAGUACGGCUGUCGACCGCGACGAAACCAACGCAUGGCCUUGGGCCCAAGAUCGUUACAAUACUGUUGAUGGACUCCCCCCGCAUGUCGACAGUAAGAGGAACCGCCCUUUGACCGCAGAUUCAACCACGGAUCUCAAGUCUGAGGAUUGGGCUAUAAUAGACAAACAUGCCCGUCUCCCGUCCGCGACUCGCCAUCGUGACAGUGACACGUACCGCUCAGAGGCGUCGGAAGAUAGCGUCAGCAUCAGAAGCGACAUGACUGGCGACACACCCCGAGCGCCUACUGUCCGACGCCAGCUACCUUCUACACACUCGCACUCGCACCAUCGCUCGCGGUCACAGACACAUUCUACGGCUACUUACGUAGCCCCGUCGUCCGAUAUCAAGAUUGCAAAACCGAUGCCUUUCAGAUCAUCGACUGCGCCGACGUGGAUCUCUCAGAGUCGCGCGGAUAGCGAGUAUACGAGGGAAUUCGAUCCGGACUCUAUCAGUGUAUCGGCGCCAGCGUUCGGUGGCCUCGCCGAUGUGCAUGACCGUGAGCCGGUGCGCCUUCGGCAGUCGAAGUCGCCUAUGCUCGCAGGCGAUGUUACGCGGCCACACGUCGAACAGUCGGUACACGGCUCCAUUCAUCGUGCUCGAACCACCACGAGGGAUGUCGCACAUUCGCCUCGUGUCCCAAGUCGGGCCGCUAGUCCGACGCCAAGUACCAUGACGAUGACAUCCAAUAUCGUGCACACCCUUCAAAACGGAACGAAGAUAUCUGUUCCAACGGAAGUUCCGAGUUCGGAGAGCAGUGCUCGCAGUGUUAAUUCCGAUCCCGCCGAGAAGCGCCGGACGUUCUACAUCAUCCCACCCGGGAUGAACGUCAUCUUCAAGGACGGUGAGGGGAAUGAAGUAGGCCGAGUGGGCGACUUCGACCAUGUACCACGGCGAGUGAAAGAAGCUCCCAUUGUUCUCAAGGACGAGAACGGUCGGAUUAUAUACGAGACGGGCGAAGGAGAGCGCACAGAAUACGACGUCGACGGCGAUAGCGACAAGCCCAAUGUCAUUCAUCUUGGGUUUUACGUGCCGGAGAGUCAGCGCUCACUACCCAUAACGGUCUCACUGGACGACCGAGCUAAAGAUAUGAUCAUAUAUGGUACCGGUGGCGGCAAGGUCAAGGGGACACGGAGACCUCUGGCAAAUACGUCGUAUAGCGAUACGGGGGUUCCGCGUUCCAGUAGCCGCGCACGAUCACGUGAAAGCAGUCACACAGCGCGUACUCCCGUCGGCAGCUCUCUUUAUGCUAGUAGUGUUGCGCAAUCUGUCCCUAGCCUUCACAGGAUAGCCAGCGAAGCCUAA